GAUAUGCACACAAGUAUAUUUUGGCUUCCGCGUGGGUUUUAUCACUCUAGGGUUUAAGCUAUAAUUUUGCAGAGCAAAAAUGGCGUCAUCUCUAGUGUCCAUUCGCAGAGCUCGAUUUUCAACCAUUCUCAAUUUCUCAUUCAAUAAGGUACACCCUUCUUUUCCCUUCAUUUAUAAUCUCAAAACCCUAAAACUACGUCCCUCACUCCCCACCCUCAGAACCCUUUCCACGUCGGCUUUCUCAGAGAAUAUGCAGAGGCCAAGCCCUCAACCCUCCGAUCCUUCCUGGAAUUUGAAUCACAACGCUGACAAUCAGUGGAUCCCGCAGAACAAUAAUUUGGGGAAUCCCAAUUCGAACAAUAAUUACAGUACUAAUCCGACGAAUCGGAGCUAUCCGAAUCCUGAAGUUUCUGGCUCGACCCCUAAUUUCCCCCCUCCCCAGAACCAGAACUAUGGACCAGCGAGUGGAAAUGUUAACCAGUGGAAUAACAACAAUCAAAAUCAGCGGUACCCACAAAACCAAAACCCUAACUGGAGCGAGCGUUAUCCUCAACAAGGGGGGUUUCAAAAUCAGGGUUCUCCGCAAAACUUUAGUCAGCGGCAGAAUUAUCCGCAGCCUGGAGGUGGGAAUCAUAAUCAGGGGUAUUUACAUAGGCAAAACCCCAAUCAGUGGGGUUCACAAGAUCAGAAUGCUGUGAAUAGUCGAGUUCAGCAUCAAGGGCAGUUUGCAAAUAAUCAAGCCCCUGGUGCAGGUGGUCUUUCUGUUGCUUCUGUUGAUUUAUUGAGUCUGUGCCGUGAGGGUAAGGUUAAGGAAGUAAUUGAACACAUGGAGCAGGGGUUACGAGCUGAUGCUGAGUGUUUUAGCUUGCUUUUUAGUUUGUGUGGCAAUUCAAAAAAAAUUGAGGAUGCAAAGAAAGUGCACGAUUACUUCUUAAGGUCAACCUUUAGGAGCGAUCUUCUGUUGAACAAUCAGGUGCUUGACAUGUACUCAAAGUGUGGAAGUAUGACGGAUGCCCGGAGAGUUUUUGAUCAUAUGCCUGAUCGGAAUAUGGAUUCUUGGCACUUGAUGAUCAAUGGGUAUGCAGCGAACGGGCUGGGUGAUGAUGGGUUGGCUUUGUUUGAGCAGAUGAGGAAGUUGGGGUUACAGCCAAAUGGGGAAACUUUUCUUGCUGUUUUAGAGGCCUGUGCUAGUGCUGAAGCUAUUGAAGAGGGUUUCAUACAUUUUGAGUCUAUGAAGACUGAUUAUGGAAUUCCUCCUGGGAUCGAACAUUAUCUUGGGCUUCUUGGUGUACUUGGGAAGAUUGGACAUCUUGCUGAGGCAGAGGCUUUUAUUGAAACUCUCCCAUUUGAACCAACAGCUGUCAUUUGGGAAGCAUUGAUGAACUACGCCCGGACACAUGGGGAUAUUGACCUUGAAGACCGUGCUGAGGAAUUGUUGAUCAGUCUUGAUCCUUCAAAGGCUGUUGCCAAUAAGAUCCCCACUCCUCCACCAAAGAAGCAUUCUGCAAUUAAUAUGCUAAUUGGGAGGAACAGGAUUCUGGAGUUCCGUAAUCCUACCCUCUACAAGGAUGAUGAGAAGUUAAGGGCUGCGAUGAAAGAGCAAGCUUAUGUACCCGACACCAGGUACGUUCUUCAUGACAUUGACCAGGAGGCAAAGGAACAGGCACUACUUUACCAUAGUGAGCGUUUAGCAAUUGCAUAUGGUCUAAUUAGCACUCCUCCGAGGACUACUCUUAGGAUAAUCAAGAACCUACGAGUCUGUGGUGAUUGUCACAAUGCUAUCAAGAUCAUGUCCAGGAUAGUUGGGAGGGAAUUAAUUGUCAGAGACAACAAGCGAUUUCAUCAUUUUAAGGAUGGAAAAUGCUCUUGUAACGACUAUUGGUGAUUCUUCCAACGGUCAAAACAUGCAAUACAUGGUUUAAUGAUUAUUUCCCCAAGAUGACCAUGAAUGUCUCAAUGCCAUCGAGAUAUUGUCACCAAUAUCAGGUAGAACUUUUGUGCAGCGAGUAACAAUGACGUUAUUUCCUUGUUCAAGGGAUUGUAAGUUUCUUUGUGGAGCUUGUUGGCUCAGUUAUAAAAGUUUCAAACUUUUUCUGCCAGUUAACUACGAGUUUCACCUCCCAUAAGCAUUUUUAGCUUGUAAAAUGUCUACUAUUAAAACGUAAGAGUUAAUUAUACUGCUAUUAUACACUGAAUUCAUAUUUGCUACCAUUUUCAUGUGCUUAA